ACGUCAAAUUAGCCUCGUUCUCGCGUCCGCUCGUGCUCGCGGCAGUAAACAUGGCGACCGGCUAACGAAGCCCUUUCUUGUAUUCAGUCCUGAAGCCUUUUUAUUUCUCUCCCAGAGCGUUCACAAUACGUCUUACUUUAUUUCUUUUUUGUUACGCAGAGGUGCGUUUGUAGAGCGUUACGCUCUGCGGGUUUUACUUGGAUAAAAGGGUGAAGGAGACGCACCGGCACAAUGGGGCGACGUUCAACCUCCUCCACCAAGAGUGGGAAGUUUAUGAACCCCACUGACCAGGCCAGAAAGGAGGCCAGGAAAAGAGAGUUGAAAAAGAACAAGAAGCAGAGAAUGAUGGUGAGAGCAGCGGUGCUCAAGAUGAAGGAUCCCAGGCAGAUCAUCAAGGACAUGGAGAAGCUGGAUGAGAUGGAGUUUAACCCAGUUCAGCAGCCCUUGCUGAAUGAGAAAGUGUUGCGGGACAAGAGGAAGAAGCUACGUGAGACAUUUGAGCGCAUUGUCCGUCUGUAUGAGAGAGAGAAUCCCGACACGUACAAGGAGCUACGCAAGCUGGAAUUGGACUAUGAGACCAAACGAGGGCAGCUGGCUCUAUAUUUUGACUCAGUCAAGAAUGCAGAGUCUGUGGAGGUCGACAGUAUCCCUUUACCAGAUAUGCCUCACGCCCCCUCCAACAUCCACAUCCAGGACAUCCCACUCCCGGGAGCUCAGCCUCCCUCCAUACUGAAGAAGAACACCUCUUUUGGUAAAGGACCUCUUUCGGCAUCUUCUGGACCUGUUUUGCCGACAGUGCCAGCUGUGCCACGUUUACCUCCAGGGAAGAAGCCCCCUGGCCCCCCACCUGGGCCCCCCCCUCCACAGGUCCUGGCACUGUACGGCAUUCCUGCUCGACGAGCUCACGGCAUGGAUACAGAGCCUUCCAUUCCUGGUUUAGACAAGGACUCUGCAAUGAAGUUGGGAAGAGAUCGGGAUAGCGGCAGUGAGAGUGACAGAGAUCGGGAUGAUCUGGACGACGACGAAAGCGACUCUGAGGAGGACAGCGAAGAAGAAAGAGAUGAAGGGGGAAACGGUGACCAGAGAAUGAGUGUGGACAGGCAGGAUGAUGAGAGGGAAAGGGAGGAGGAGAGAGACCGAAAUGAAAGAAAUGCUGGUCGCAGUGUACGUUUCGCGGACAUGCCUCCAGAGGCACCCCGUGAUGGAAAGAGGAAGAAAAAGAGGGUGGUGAAGAAGACCAAGGCCAUUACCCCUCUGCAGGCCAUGAUGUUAAGGAUGGCAGGUCAGUCCAUUCCUGAAGACGAGGAGGAAGAAGAAGUAGAGGAGGAAUACACCGAUGAAUCAGACAACUCAGACAUCGAGGACAGGGGACCACCAGGGGAAAACCAGCCCCACCUGAUGGCUAAUCAGCGUCUACCCCCUCCUGCUGGGCCAGGGGGACAGCAAGGGCCUCCACACUUGCAAGGUCCACCGAUGACUGGCCCCCCACCACUGGGUCCUCCCCCUGCUCCUCCCAUGAGACCUCCUGGCCCGCCCUCUGGCCCACCUCCUGGCCCACCACCAGGUGCUCCUCCGUUCCUGAGGCCUCCUGGUAUGCCGGGAGGCAUGAGGGGUCCAAUGCCUCGCCUUCUGCCUCCUGGACCUCCGCCAGGUCGGCCCCCAGGCCCCCCACCAGGCCCCCCUCCUGGCCUCCCGCCAGGCCCCCCACCACGAGGACCCCCUCCCAGACUUCCACCCCCGGCACCACCAGGUAUCCCCCCUCCUCCCCCAAGAGCAGGAGGGCCCCCGCGUCCACUUGCCCCACCACUUUCCCUCUUUCCUCCACCUCUCAACUCCAACGUGCUCAGUGCUCCUCCCAACAUUGUCCAGCGACAAAAAGGCUCAGGAUCCAACCAGGAUGGUCCACAGAGCAACAUGCCGCCCCCCGCCAUGCCCAUGUCCAUGCGACAGGGUGUCAUGCAGAUGCCUCCGCCCCCGGGGACAGCUGGCGCCUCCUCGGGUGGCAACCCUCCCAGCCACCACCACGCAGCCACCAUCGAAAAGCGACCCAACAUCACCUCUGUCGCAGCAGCUGGAGGCGGCCUGGCAGCGGGCGCUGGCUCUGGUGGGGCCACCAUCUCUGCCAAACCUCAGAUUAUCAAUCCAAAGACGGAGGUCACCCGCUUUGUGCCCACAGCACUGAGGGUGCGAAGGGACAAAGGAGGAGCAAUGCCCGGAGCAGCACCUGGGCCAAUGGAGAAGGGACGGGGUGGUGUCGGAGGAAGGAGGGGAGAUGAAGGCAUGGGAGGUGGACAGGGGCAGAAACAGCAGUCAGCAGCUACCCCGAUGGGUUUGGUCCACCAAACACAGAUGGGUGCUGUGUCUCAGCCCAACAUGAAGACUAAGGACCAGAUGUAUGAAGCCUUUAUGAGGGAGAUGGAAGGGCUCCUCUGAGACUCAAGAGGGUAUUCAGUGGGGCGCUCUAAACAAAAGGAGUGUAUUUGUUUUCUGUGUUUUCUGUGCAGAGUUCUAGGUAGCUGUGUUCAAGACAGUCGACUAGAUCAGUUUCUCUUCAGUACGGAAAGGCUGCCACACUCAGCACUGGUCUCACCAGGGUCAUUUUCAUUUGAUCUGGACUAUUAUUUGUUGUAUCAAAGAGAAUGUGAAUUUGAUGUACGUAAAGAUUGGUUGCUAUGAGGAGGCAACUUAUUAAAAAAAUAACGCUAUAAAAAGUUUUUUGCCAGAGACAACCCAAGUUUUUUUUGUCCUCCAGUAUGUUAUUUUUUCCCUUUUUAACUGCGUUUUUCCUCCGGCCAACUAUUUGUGAUUUACCAUGACCAAAAAAAGCAUUUUGUAUGAUUAUUUUAUCGGUGAUCUCCAUCUCAUCUCAUCUCUAAACAUGUUGGACAUCAAAAUAAAGUUGUGGCAAGUCAACCACUGACAAUAUACAUGUCUCAAACUGUUUGAUCUGCAGCUAAAUAAAUACUUUUUACCUCA